CAUAUGAUGACGGAAGAUAAAAAUCCAGGGAUUAUGUUAAAGCCAUUGGUCUUUCGUGUAGAUGAAAAUACUCCUGAAGUAGUAAAAAAUGUUCUACUAGAACGUGGUUGGAAUAAAUAUAAUGAAAAUGUACAGGAUGUAGGAGAUUGGAAUCUGUAUUGGCGGACCUCAGCUUUCCGUAUGAUCGACCAUAGCAAUGUUAAGCCAUGGCAACGCCUGAAUCAUCACCCGGGGACCACCAACCUUACCAGGAAGGACUACUUGGAAAGACAUUUGAAGCACAUGAAAGGGAUUUUUGGAGCAUCUCUUUAUGCGUUCUCUCCUCUGACUUUUAUCAUGCCCAGUGACUAUAUUAAGUUUGUAGCUGAAUAUUCCAGGGAGAAAGAGGCCCUCGGCACCAAGCCAAGCUACUGGAUAUGCAAGCCAGCAGAACUAUCUCGUGGGAGGGGCAUAAUAAUUUUCAGUGACCUUAAAGACUUGAUCUUUGAUUGUGCAACAGUUGUGCAGAAAUAUAUCUCAAACCCCUUCCUCAUUGCUAGGUAUAAAUGUGACCUGCGCAUUUAUGUUUGUGUUCCUGGCUUCCGGCCUUUAACCAUUUACCUCUAUCAGGAAGGACUGGUACGGUUCGCCACUGAAAAAUUUGAUCUCAAUAACCUGAAGAACAAUUGUGCCCAUCUAACCAACAGCAGCAUCAAUAAAACCGGGGCCUCCUACAAGAAGAAUAAAGAAGGGGUCGGCCGAGGUUGUAAAUGGACUCUGAGCAAGUUCUUUGCUUAUCUUCGAAAUCAGGAUGUGGAUGACCUGCUUCUAUGGCAAAGAAUAAACCACCUCGUGAUACUCACAAUUCUCUCCAUUGCUCCCUCUGUCCCCUUUGCUUCCAAUUGCUUUGAGCUCUUUGGCUUUGAUAUUUUGAUUGAUGACAAGUUCAAACCAUGGCUGUUAGAAGUGAACGUUAGUCCUGGCUUGUCUUUAGACUGUUCUACUGAUGUGUUGGUGAAGAGAAAGCUUAUUCACGAUAUCAUUGAAUUAAUGCAUUUCAACCAGACUCAUCUGAGGAAAACCAAAAAGGAACCUGGUAAGGCUUCAGGUCACUGGCCUCACAUUUCCUGGACUGAAGGUGAUAAAGAUAGAGUUCGUGAAACUUCAAAGCAUUGGUGCAAAAUAUCCUGGACAGAAGGUAAAAAAGAUAGAGACCAUGAAAUUUCAGGGCAAAGGACAAACUUUUCUCAUUUUGGACAAAAAAACAGAGUUCAUGCAUCAUCUAGGUACAUGUCUCAUAACAAGGAGUCACACAACUCUUCCAAUAUUUUCUCUUCACUAGACUUCAAAGGCAAGGUCUAUAACAGGAAUUCAUCUGCCUUACAGAAAAAAGUCAGAGGUUUUCCUAAAGAAACAUUUUGUGCAAAAUCACGAGAAAGGAAGGUUUCAAAAGACACUCUACCCUCAGCCUUUCCAAAGAUAAGAAAUAGACAGACUACAUUCAAAUCAUUCCAUCACUUCCCAUCUUCUGAAUCAUAUAAGAAGAAGAAAAACAUCACUCCAUAUUUCCUGUCGGACAAGGGUACAAGGCCAUGCUCCCACGUAGGUGAUUUUGUUCUCAUUUUCCCUUUCAAUGAAGCUACUCUUGCAGCUACCGAGAAUGGCCUGGAUCUCAAAAAGGUCAUCCAUGAACUCCAGAAGCUUGUAAAUAAGCAACCAAAACCAGAGGCAGAGGAUAAAACUAAGAAAACGUGA